AUGCAACUGUUUGUCAAGACACUGAAUGGUAAAACCAUCACAUUGGAUGUCGAGUCCAAUGACUCGAUUGAAAAUGUGAAGAGUAAAAUCACAGAUAAUGAAGGAAUUCCUGCUGAUCAGCAGCGUUUAAUAAAUGCUGGAAAACAAUUGGAAGAUGGAGAAACAGUUUCAGAUUAUCACUUGCAAAAAGAUUCCACCAUUUAUCUCGUGUUGAGAUUGGGUGUAGGAGUUGGGCGAGAGAAAUAG